UCAACUCAACUUAAAUAAAAAUCUGGAUUUCCACAAACUGAAGGAUAAUUAAAGGUUUUAGAUUUUUUUUUAAGUAAAGACUAAGACUAAAGAACAAGCAUGACUGCUUAAUAAACAUGAAUCUAUUCAAAUUACUUUGAGUAGAGGAGGAAAAAAGAGAAGAAAACGAGGGAAGGAAACUCAAAUUGGGCCGAAAGAGAAACGAGGAAGGAAAAGUAAUACACGAGAAACAAAACACGAGACAAAUGCAGAAAAGCCCAUAGCUAGAUAACCUGUAUAUUUUGUCUUCCAUUUUUUUCAAGUUUAAAAAAAGAUUACAACACAAACAUGGAAUCAGAAAUGUGUGUUUGGACUUUUGUUUGCAGCAGGCACAAAUAGAUAAGAGCACAUGGUAUUCACUGUGUGUGUGUGUUUGAGUAUGUAUGUGAGGUGUGUGGGUGUCUGUGGGCUUUCACAAAUGAAAACACUUCAUGGUUUCUUCCCCUCCAUUCUCCUUUCACUGACAUCAGUGGAGUUUCCCCAUUUCUGCCUACAGAGCUCCACUUUAAAAGCAGCUGAGCACACGGGAGCACCAUUACCGAUCACGAAAGACAGACACGAAGAUCAAAUUCAGCUCCAGGCCGAUAUCUGAACUGAAUUUCAUCAGCAGGAGCUGCAAUCAGAAGACUACAUUUCUCCUAAAGGACUAACUACUAAACAGCUCAGAGAUGGCCAGUGAUAGUCAGGUUGUGCUGGAUGUGGACGCACCCCGGGUGAUGAUCGUACGUGAGAAGGCCAAGUCUGCUUCAGGAAUUUGGAGAACGUGUGGAGUUCUGCUUGCCGUGGCUCUCUGCGCUGCCGCUGCUGUCUGCUUUACUCUAAAUAAGACGCAAAGUAGUCCAGAUGAAACCCAAGAAGCAGAAAUCAAGCACACACUGAGGCAGAUUUCCGAGACUGCAAAGGCUGCGAUUCAUCUCUCAGGUCACUACAACUCACAGGUUUCUAACACGUCUGUGGAGUGGCUUGACAACGCAGACCAGUCUUUCGCUUCGGGCUUAAAACUGGAAGGCAACGAGAUCAAGAUUCUCCGUAAUGGCCUCUACUUCGUCUACAGCCAGGCCUCGUACCAUCUGAGCUGCACAGCCGAUAAUGAGUCCGAGGGCCAGGUGAUGCACAUGAGCCACACCAUGUCUCGCUGGUCUGACUCCUAUGGCUCCUGGAAGCCACUGCUGAGCUCCACGAGAUCAGCCUGCAAGAAAACACUUGAAGAGCAACAAACCCACUGGUACGGUGCUAUCUACCUUGGAGCCGCUUUCAAUCUGGAGGCCGGAGACCGACUGCGCACUGACAUGGACAAGAAGCUGCUGCCCAAAGUGGAGACCGCCGGCGGGAAAACGUUCUUUGGAGCGUUCUCCUUAUAAAGAUCUAAAAUGUCGUUAUUUUGGAACUUUGCUACGGCUCCUAGACAUGGAACCACACUGAGGAACUGUUGUUUUAUAUUAAAACACACCUAAACGUAAAUUAGUCUUAAUGAAAAAAAAUAUAUUCUCAAUCUCCUACUACUGAAGAACUUUUAUUUAUUUAUUUAUAACAAAAAAUUAUUUAUUUGCUUAUUUAUUAUAUGCCAUCAUAUUUGUGUUAUUUAUUUAAGUUGUGUAAUUUUGUUUUGAUUAGAAAUAAAAAAAUAAUAAAACUGAAAAAAAAAAAGAAACAGUCUUUUGUGUGGUCUUGGCAUUUUACUGACUUGUUUUAUUUGAAACGACUGAAAUUUUUCUUCAGCAUUUUUCUUUCUGCAUAAGAUUACCAAAAUCACUGGAAUUCUUACUACUGUUUAUUACUUACAUUCUUUACGGUAUUAUAUUACUUCUCACAAAAAG